AUGCCUCGGUGGACAGACCGUCUUUUCAACCGAUCCAGAAAGCCCCAGAAAGCAUAUCACCAGCUGAAUCAACCUGACCAUACACCUGUUACUCCAGUAUCGGAAUCAACCAAUUGGUCCAACAUAACCAAGGGCCAGUUGGAGGACCAUCCUCUCCAGCAAGACUUGUGGCAAUGCGCCUAUGACCAGCUAGAUCAAAAAGCACGGGAUAUUUUGUUGAGAAUAGAGAUUCCUGCUCAGCUCGGGAAUGAUAAAAAUAAUUCCCGAACGGAGGCUGUGAUCAACAAGGUUAUUCAGAUAACAGGGGAGCAAUAUGAGGAAUACCAACAAGGAGGCAGAAAGAUUCAGAGGCCAACAGGGGAGGAUAUUGACCUUCGAAAGUUUUCACAAAAGACAAUUAAUGCUGCGUUAUCUUUCAAGGCCAUCAUCAAUGCAGUGGUAGCUUUUGAUCCCACCCAACAUGCAGCAAGCGUUUGGGCAGUUGUUUCACUUGGAUUGACUAUGGCCAAAAACCGCCUUGACUUGCGAGAUGCUUUGUUCAGUUCCUCGGAAUAUUUAGCAGACGUCCUUGCCCGAUGUGCCUUUAUUGAAGAUAAUUUUUACCGCAUUAACUCUGACGAAAGUGCUAAGAUAGGACAUGUGAUUGUUAGGGUCUAUAAAGCAAUUCUCCAAUAUACUGCAGAAGUACUGUCUGCUCAGAACCCUAGCAUGGGAAGAUGGAUUCUGGAUGGUGUUGCUGCAAUCACCAAUGAACGCCUCAUGGAACUUCAAUCUUCUAUCAAGGAGGAAGAGACAUAUUUGCACCAAUGGGUUGAGUUUGAUCAACAUCUACAGCACCAAAAGAAAGCCGAGAGCAUCCUGGCAGGGAUAGACAAGAUGUCGGCAUCCAUUCAAGACCUUAUUCAGAAGUUCAACAUUCUCAACCUUCACAUGGCGGAGGGAGCAUUGUACGACUCAUAUAUAGAUCAACAUGAGGAUAUGUGCCUUCCCGAUACCAGAGUUGACCUUCGUCGCCAAAUUACAGAGUGGGCAGAAUUAUCGGACAAAUGCAUCUUUUGGUUGAAUGGUAUGGCAGGAACAGGAAAGUCAACCAUUGCCCGAACAGUCGCACAAUCCUUCAAAGAGAGAGGGCAACUGGGAGCCAGUUUCUUCUUUAAGAGGGGUGAAGCGGACCGUGACACGGCAAAAAGACUUAUAUCAACUAUCAUACGACAGUUAGUGACUGUUAACCGGCGACUGUUGCCUGGAAUCUCUGAAGCACUUCAGAAUGACCCCAAUAUCUCAGCAAAAUCUCUCAGCGAACAAUUCAACAAACUGCUUUUCGAACCACUUCAAAUCCUCGAGCCGAGUCAAACUACAGUCAUGGUGAUCGUGAUUGAUGCAUUAGAUGAAUGUGAAAAGAAGCAUGACAUAGAAAUUUUGCUUCAGCUUUUGCCACGGCUGCAGAAGUGCAGAUCUAUACGUCUGCAGAUCUUUCUGACAAGCAGACCUGAACUUCCAAUCCGUCUUGGCUUUGAGAAAAGCAAUGACCAUCAAGAUCUGGUUCUCCAUGAGCUUCCCCAUUCGGUGAUUGAACAUGAUAUACGUAUCUUCCUGAAAAAUAGGUUUCCAGUAAUAAAAGAGAAGCGGAAAAUUUCCGGGGACUGGCCUGGAGAUGAUACUAUAGAGGAUUUGGUCACAAUGGCUGUUCCGCUCUUUAUUUUCGCGGCCACCAUAUGCCGCUUUGUUGGAGAAGGAAGACAUCCAGAAAAGUGUCUUCAAAAGCUUCUCAACUCCCAGGAAGUCACCUCUGCACCCCAGAUGGACAAGAUUUAUCUACCGAUAUUAGGUCAAGUUCUUACUGGCAGUGAUGAAGAUGAGUCAAAUGAGCUUAUAAGAGAGUUUCGGGAUAUAGUUGGAGUUAUAAUCCUUCUUGCUGCCCCACUACCAGUCAAUUUCCUUGCAAGGCUUCUUCACGUACCCAAGAAAGAUAUCAGCGAUCUCUUGGAUCCAUUACACUCAGUUCUCAGUGUACCAGAUGAUAUGAAUGCUCCAGUCCGCAUUCUGCAUUUAUCAUUUCGAGACUACCUGCUCAACACGAAAAGUGCCUUCCAUGUGGAUGAGGAAAAGACACAUCAGAGAAUAGCAUUAUGCUGCCUUCACGUCCUGAACAUCAGCCUCACACACAAUAUUUGCAGUUUAUCAAGUUAUGGAACACAGCGCAUAGAUAUACAUAACCAGGUCAUUAAUCAACACCUGUCAGCAGAUCUACAAUACUCCUGUCGCUACUGGGUAUAUCAUCUAGAGCAGAGCAGAGCUGGUAUAUCUGAAGAGGAAAUUGUCCCAUUUCUGGAAAAGCACUUUCUUCACUGGUUGGAAGCAAUGAGUCUAAUGGGGGCUAUACCAGAGACUGUGGCCAUUAUUGAUACACUGCAGUCAAGCAUAGGGAGCAAAGUGCAGUCUGAGUUUUCACAAUUUCUAUAUGACAGCAAGCGCUUUAUUCUCCAGAAUAUUCAACUCGCUGAUACCGCUCCAUUGCAACUUUAUCGUUCCGGGCUGGCAUUUUCACCAUUGGAUAGUAUGACCAGAAAGAUGUUUGGGAAAGAUCUAUGCAGAUGGCUACACACUAUGCCACAAGUAAAAAAUUCAUGGAGCGCAGAGCUACAGACCCUUGAAGGCCAUUCUGAUUGGGUUAGGUCACUACGGACCCUUGAAGGCCAUUCUAGUUGGGUUCACUCAGUGGCUUUCUCCCCAAAUGGAAAGAUGGUGGCAUCUGGCUCUCAUGACCGCACCAUCAAGAUCUGGCAAGCUGACACCGGCACGGAGCUACAGACCCUUGAAGGCCAUCUUAAUCCAGUUCAGUCAGUGGCCUUCUCCCCAGAUGGAAAGAUGGUGGUAUCUGGCUCUGGUGACCGCACCAUCAAGAUCUGGCAGGCUGACACCGGCACGGAGCUACGGACCCUUGAAGGCCAUUUUAAUUCAGUUCAGUCGGUGGCAUCUGGCACUCAUGACCGCACCAUCAAAAUCUGGCAGGCUGACACUGGCACGAAGCUACAGACCCUUGAAGGCUAUUCAACUCCAGACCAGCCUAGCCAUCAAGUAUCCCUAGAAAAAGGUUGGGUAGCCUUUCGAGGUGAAAAAAUUCUAUGGCUCCCCUCUGAAUAUCGUGCCUUUUCUUGUUCGGCUACUAAAGAUGGUGCCCUCACUCUUGGUUAUGCUAAUGGGAGAGUUCUUAUUAUGGCAUUCUGUGUACCUGUAAAGUAA